AUGGCUUCAAUGUUGCAACCAUCCCUAAUAAAAGCAUUUGCAAAUUUCCAUAAUUUCUAAAUGUAUCGAUUUAUUAGUUUCUUAAUGGAUAACUUUAAUAAUUAGGCAACAAAUUAGCUCUUCAGAUUCAUCCUUUAUUUUGGUUAGGAAGCAAGUCUAAUCAUAUAGCCCUAAGAUGGCAAUAGAAUUUUUUGGUAAAUAAUUCUAUUGGAUUAAAAUAUUGAAGCAAUACAGGAGGAAUAAAAGGCGAGUCAAUUAGUUUUAAAUAAGGAAAGAAAUCUCUAAGAUUCGUAUGGAUAUAGCUAUGUUUUUAUUCAAAUUCAUGUCUAAUUAUAGAAUUUCGAGCAAUAUCUGGUUUAAUUCUUUUUUAUAAUUGACCUUCUUAAUGUAUUUAUCAAUGCAAUCAAAAAAACUAGCACACAAUCUCGUAUUAAAGUAUUCAUAUGA